AUGUCUAUUAAAACUACACGAAUACCUCGAGUGUUGUCCAUUCAAAGUCAUGUUGUUCAUGGAUUUGUUGGCAAUAAAUGUGCUACUUUUAUCUUACAGCUUUACGGUUUCGAAGUUGACGUAAUUAAUUCAGUUCAUUUUUCAAAUCAUACUGGAUAUAAUGUAGUAAAAGGUAGUCGAUUAAGUGUUGAUGAACUUCGAGCUAUAUUUCAAGGUUUAAUCGCAAAUGAAAUUUUCGAAUAUGAUUAUAUUUUAACGGGUUAUAUGGGUUCUGGUGAACUAUUGCAUGUUGUUGCUGAAUAUGUACGUCUUAUCAAAUCAAAAUCUCCUCAUUAUGUUGAUCAAUCAUGUGUUGAAAUGUAUAAGAAUGUAGUACUUCCUCUAGCAGAUAUUGUAACACCAAAUGAUUUUGAAUUAGAACAAUUACUUGGAAAACAGAUUAUAUGUAAUCAUGAUGGUAAUGAAGAACAAAUAAUUUGGCAAUUAUUAGAAUCUUUACAUAAUAUGGGCCCAUCUCAUGUUAUUAUUUCAAGUAUAUCAGCAGCAAAAUUAGGUGGCGAUAAAACAAUGUUACAAAUGUAUGCUAGUUCAAAAACUUCUAUGAAUCAAUAUGAAAGAUUUCGAAUUGAUUUUCCAUAUCUCGAAGGUUGUUUUACUGGUACAGGAGAUUUAUUUUCUGCUUUAAUUCUUGCAUGGUUUCACAAAGAGAAUAACCUUAUCUCAACUUGUGAAAAAUCCAUUUCUGUUCUUCAUCAAGUCUUAUUAAAAACAAUCGAAUUAUCUGAAUCAGUUAAUAUUCAUAAUACUUGUGGUAAUGAAUUAAAGUUAAUUGAAAGUAGGACAGCUAUUGAAGCGAUGUUUCAGCGACGUGUUCUUUGUGGUAUACAACCAUCGAAUGUUCCACAUAUUGGAAAUUAUUUGGGUGCCAUUAAAAAAUGGAUUGAUUUACAAAAUAGUGGAGACAAUUUAAUUGUUAUGUUAGCUGAUUUACAUGCUGUUACAAUUCCACGUGAACCUGAUGCAUUGAGAAAAUCAACCUUAGAAACAGCUUCAUCAUUAAUCGCUUGUGGCAUAGAUCCAAAACGAAGUAUUAUCUAUCGACAAUCGGAUCUUCAUCAUCAUACUCAAUUAUCUUGGUUACUUGGUACAUUGACUACAGUUCAAAAAGUUGGUCAUAUUCCAACAUAUAAAUCAAAAGUAAAAGAUGACACGUCAACACCCUUAGGUCUUUUUCUCUAUCCAGUUUUACAAACAGCUGAUAUACUUCUUUUCAAAACAACACAUUUACCUAUUGGUGAAGAUCAAAUUCCACAUUUACAAUUAUGCACAUAUAUGAUUGAAAAAUUCUAUCAUUAUUAUAAACAAAAUAUAUUUCCUGUUCCACAAAUGAUGGCUACUGAAACUACUCGUAUUCGAAGUCUUCGUCAUCCUGAACAAAAAAUGUCUAAAUCUGAUUAUGAAGAACGUUCACGUAUUGAUAUAAUGGAUGAUGAAAAAACUAUUCAAGAUCAUGUCAUGAAAGCUUUAACAGAUUUUAAUGCUCAAGUUUCUUAUGAUCGUGAACAACGACCAGGUGUAUCUAAUUUAAUCGAUAUCUAUGCUGGUAUGACUAAUCAAUCAACUGAAAGUAUUGUUGCUGAAGCACAGCAAAAUAAUCUUAAUACUGGUGCAUUUAAAAAACGUCUGGCACAAAUAAUUAUUGAACAUUUUCGUUCAAAACGUCUAGAAUAUUUAAAAUUAAUGAAUGAUCGUACAUAUCUUUUAAGUCUCUUAGAUAAUGGACGUGAACGUGCUACAGAAAUAGCUGAUAAAACAUUAAAUGAAGUUAAACAUAUCAUGGGUUUUCAUUAG